AUGCUUUCGUGCGCCGGAGCUGAUAGGCUCCAGACUGGUAUGAGGGGGGCGUUUGGGAAGGCCUUGGGGACUUGUGCUAGGGUUGCGAUUGGGCAGGUGCUUUUGUCUGUGAGGUGUAAGGAUAAUCAUGGUGCUCAUGCUCAGGAGGCGCUGAGGAGGGCUAAGUUUAAGUUUCCUGGGAGGCAGAAGAUUAUUGUUAGCAGGAAAUGGGGGUUCACUAAGUUCAACCGUGCUGAUUACACUAGGCUGAGACAGUCUAAGAGGAUUGUUCCUGAUGGUGUCAAUGCUAAGUUCUUGUCAAACCAUGGUCCUUUGGCUAACCGUCAACCUGGAAGUGCGUUCAUAUCAGCCACCAGCGAUUAAGAAUGAAGAUGAUUUGUGGCUAUAGUACUGAUACUUUAGUUUCCGAAGUUGUUCGUUUGGUUUUUGUUGUAACAGUUGAAGACAUGGAUCUUCUUCGUAUGGUUUCAUUUUGUUUGGACAAUUGUUUUAAGUUAUGUUCUAUGCUUUUUCAUAUCUCAGUGUCGUUUAUACUUCGUCCAUUGGUUUAGUUCUAGUUUUACUUCUCAUUUCCUUAAGUUCUAGAUCGUACGUCCUCGGUAUAUAUAGAAUUAUGCUCGUUGAUUUGGCUUACGGCCAACUUAGAAAGAUGAUGAGAGUUUGCACCGGAACACAUCUACAAGUAUUUUUUGUCACAUUUACAAGAUAAUUUAAAGUUUGC